GUUGGGCCGCGGGGUGUGGCGCAGCACUACUCCGAGACGGGUUGGUUGCGGUUGUGGGGCGGCGGGCUGCAGCAGCAACGUGUGCAGGGGCUGGAGCGGCAGCGAGCACAGGGGCAGGAGCAGCAAGAUGGGCAGGCGCAGGGGCAGCAGGGGUUGGUGCCGCCGCCGCCGCCGCAGCAGCAGCAGCACCAUGAGCGAUUGCGCCAUAAAGGGAAGCAGCAAGAGCGGCAGCAUGUGCAACCGUUGGAGGUUGGUUCGGAGCGGCAACAACCGCACCCCAAUUGGGAGCAACAGCACCACCAACAAUGCCGACAGCGGCCAGAUCCGACAACGGCGCCGGCAGCCGCAACGUUGGCAGAGGAGAAGACGGAAAAGCUGGAAUUCAAUUCUGGUGGUGGUGGCGGUAGGAGUGGUAGCAGGAGUUGUACGGCAACAUCGGCGGUACGAUUGAUGCGGGUGGAGUACGAACUGUACGACAGUCCUGGAUCCCACCUGCAACGCCACCCGCUGCUAGGCGCCUCCCUGGACCGACUGCUCUUCCUGCGCCUCUCAGCGCACUUGCGACCCCGGCCCCGACCCUGCUACGGCCUGCAUGCCGGUCAUGUGGCAGGUGGUCGCCCCCCCCACCACAUUCCCCCCCUCCUGCAGCAGCGGACACCGCCCGCUACCCCGACC